AUGUCUUUUACCUUACUGGCCAGAAGUAAGGCCUUUCGGCAUUUUGCAUUUGGAGUGCUGAGCAGGGAAUGGAGUUAUUCGUAUGAUGUUGACAGAUCACAAGGAAGAGCCUAUCUCAUUGACGGCGAUCUGUUUUAUUCGCCAAAUAGUCGAAGAGCUAUAGACGUCCCCCCUCAGGUCACGAAGCAGGGCGGCGUCGUUAACCCUUUUCUUCAAUUUCGACGAUAUCCUCGAUUAUCUGCCCUUCAAUUGCCUCGAUGGUGGACCCCACAUUUCGGUUGGAUGGCUUUCAUACCUCUGAAAUUCAGUUUUAGCUGUGUGCCGUUUGAUAGGCUAUGCUUCAUACCGACCCAAGUCACAGAUACGAAAGAUCUGUUUGCGCUUGAUGCUGUCACUGCACAAUCUUGGUACCAUCUUCAGUACUUUCUGCACGAUGUCGCGGUGUUACUGAAUCUGCGCUACAAAGUCGCUCUCAUUACGCCACAUUUACCUUCUGCCUAUGAUUUCACGAAACCCUUUCGAUCGAACUCAGCUGGUCGUCGAAGAUUGGCUGAAGCUCGAGACUGGUUCAUUGUGUGGAUGACCAUUGUAUCCUAUUUGAUGGCUGUAGGAGCCGCUCCAAAGAGACAGUCCAAAUACAAUGGAUUUGGCAACAUACCGGGAUGGUAUCAGAUCCUCACCGAUGAUGGAUAUGACCAAAUAUGGUUGAAUGGGCUUCGCUCGUCGUGGUUAUAUCAAUUUGAUACUCAAAUACCACGUGCGGGCACAAUUAUCGUUUUACUGGACGGAUGUUCCAGUCGGCCUACAGUCUCGUGGUUCUGUGACCACAAUAUAGCGGUGUGGUAUCGAUGGACCAAAGUGGAGGUCAAAGCGGCGAAAGAUCGCAAAGAAAUCGAAGCCUUAGCGCCUCUUCCACAUCAAAUACAAGAAGUGUUAACUUUGUUACACAAAAAGCCGACAUGCCGGGAGGAAAGAUCCCUCUGCGUCUACUUAACUCGACUAUUAAACUCGGCCACUGCGUCGGAAAAUACUUUGUGGAGUUCAACAACAAUUUCAGCUAAUGGCAGCCUGCUCGGAGAAGGUGCGACCUCGAUGUCUGCAGACCUCAAUUCUUCUACCAAGGUCCCAUUGCACAUUUCUUUGCCACAAAAGCUCAGUGCUUUUUUUGCGUUGCGGGAGGCGAACCACGCAUCAAUGUUAUCUACUGAGACCGACGCACAUCGAUUUGUUCGAUUGCAAAGCCAGUCAAAUCAUCCAGUUGUCGGCGCGAAAGUAUUCGUUUGGGAGGAAGACGAGCAUGGAGAAUGGAUUCGCAAUGACGUUCCAAAACGUGCAAAGGUUGAUGCGUUAAAUAUGUUCACUGAUUCUCAGAAGUUGUACGACUCUUGGGAAAACGAAUGGGAUUGCUGCGAUGAAAUGGGACGUAUUGAUCACUAUGACAACGAUUUAAACGACAACUUUGAAGACGAGCUAACGUACUCCAGUGACUUUCCUGUCAGCUCGGAGCGAUAUGAAGAAAAUGAACCUUUUGACGAUGCCAACAUCGAUAACACUACUUUUCUUGAAAUGCCUAGAAGUCCGUCGCCUCCACCUUUGGUUGUCGAUGAGUACGAAGUGAAUAGUCGACAUCCGUUAGAGACACUGGAGGCGUUGUACUUCUUCCACGGCUUUGUUCAACCGCUUCCAAUCGCUGCAUCGCAAUCUCUGGAAUUAGACACGACUGAAAAGAAAAAAAUGUUGAGAGCCUUAGGUUUAACAUCAUCUGAUGAUCCCAUAUUCUCCACGUCCGCAGGUUCCAAAGCAUUGGACUUUGUCAAGAAAUUGGCAACUGGCAAAGGCAAACCCGCAUUUGAUGAAUGGGAUCUUCUGAGCGGAAACCGCAUAGCUUUAGAAGGCAAUCACCGCAUUCGACAUAUCAAACGAUUGGGGAAUGGCAUAGACUACGAUGCAUAUGUACGAGAGAGGUCUGAACUACUGAAUUCUUCUCGUGGCCGUGCUGCAUUGUUGCGUGGUGGUAUCGUGUGGCGACUCGCAAUGGAAACAAUGAGUAUCGAUUAUGCUCUACAAGGCCCUUCAAUCAGUGCAUCUGUCGAAAGAUGUGGCUUGUACGUUGCCGCGGGUGAUCAAAUCUUGUGCGACGACGAUCUCUCACAAGACGAGUUGGACAUGUUAUGUGGAGUGUAUCAUUGCGAAACAACAACGAAAAAUCAGUUUGCACUGAAAUCAUGGUGGCCUUUGACGUCAACGUACGAACAAUUGAAAUGUGGUGAAAACUAUGGGCGAUGGACUGAAUACAACGAGGUGGAAUAUCAGAAGAGGCUUAACGAAAUCAGCCAAGGAGCACAACCUUUAGCAGCAGGAGUUUGGAGAGAUCAUCUCAGGGGUCAUAACUGGACGAGACAGCUGAAACAAAAAGCAUCCAAAUACUCAACUGAGUUCUUCGACUCGAUAAAUUUGCCGUGCUUGGUCUAA